UGGUGAGUAUUCAUUAGUUCAUGUCGAUCGUUCCAAGCAUUCUCAACUGCUAAAAAUCGUUUAUCAUUCUAAAAUAGACGUAUCAAGGUAUUAUUAUAACUGCAAAAACAAAAUGGCGAAGAUUAUAUUACAAGUCGUUUUACUCGUAUUGACCACUAUAGUGGCCAUUACUUUCGCUGAAUACGACGCUACAUCUUACGCAUUUUACCAUCCGAAAUUCGAAAAUACCCAUCAUGACGGACACGAUCAUUACGCGCCACCCCAUUACACGUACAAGUACGGCGUCAAAGACCCGCACACGGGUGACCACAAACACCAGUCGGAGCACCGCGAGGGCGACGUAGUGCACGGCGAGUACAGCUUGGUGGAGCCAGACGGUCGAGUCCGCAAGGUGACUUACACGGCAGACAAGCAUAACGGAUUCAACGCGCACGUCCACCACGUGCACCAUGCCCACCACCCACAACACUACGGACACCACGAAGACGAAUGAUUGUCGUCGAUCCAUUAAACAUAAUAAUAUACCCAUAAGGUAGACAUAAAUCAUAUUAAUAAUAAAAUAACAAAUGACAAUGAUAUGAUGACGUAGUGUACCGUAUUAUAUAUUGCUGUGAAAACUCGUUCAACGAAUUAUUACACGCGCGGCAGUUAUCGCGGUGUACCACCUCAGUUUUUUUUGUUUUUGUUAUUGAUUUUUAUUUUGUUUAUGUCAACGAUUUGUUAUAUUAUUAAAGAU